AUGGGGGCAAUUAAAAGUUCAAGGAUUUUUGGAGAGUCAAAAGUACGUUAUUCAUUUAUUUCAACUGAUGGUAGUGAAAUGAUUGAUAUCAGUGAUACUAUUGAAGACAUUCUGGGUGAUGUUGAUGGGCUUGUGGUAGAGGAGGAGAAAGAGUACCGUUCAAGAUGUAGAUGUUUUGGUAAAGAUUGUUGA